AUGACGGAGGAACAGGAUCGAAAGCUGAAGAUCCCGGACAACGCCAAUGUGUUCUACGCCAUGAACUCUACCGCCAACUAUGACUUUGUCCUAAAGAAGCGUACCUCGUCCUCCUCGGCCUCCACCACACCUGUGGCCUCCACGCGUACCCACAAGCGCUCUGUCUCAGGGGUCUGCAACUACAACUCCUCACUGCCGCUCUACAACCAGCAGGUGGGCGACUGUUGCAUCAUCCGUGUCAGCCUGGACGUGGAUAACGGCAACAUGGACAAGAGCAUCUUGGUGGCCAGCCAAGAUAAGGCUCCUACUGUGAUCCGCAAGGCCAUGGACAAGCACAACCUGGAUGAGGACGAGCCAGAUGAUUAUGAACUGGUGCAGAUUAUCUCAGAGGAUCGAGAGCUGAAGAUCCCGGACAACGCCAAUGUGUUCUACGCCAUGAACUCUACCGCCAACUAUGACUUUGUCCUAAAGAAG